GGAAAAAAAAAGCGAAAAUACAAGCAUAGAAAAUUAGAACAAUUUUCGAGCCUUAGGGCUCGAAGAACUUAGGUUCUUCUCAAAAUUCCAUUCUUAUUUCAGUCAAAUUUUUCAUUUUUUGUGUGAAGCUUUUCAUUAAAUUUUAUGACCCUUUUUGCAUGCGAAAUGAUCAAUGGUUUUGGAUUUCUAUGAAGAACUCUUAUGACCUACGAUACGUUUGCUUGUAAAACGGGACAUAACAACCAAAAAAAUUGCCAAAGCUAAGGUCACAUUAUUGUGACAUUAUCACAAUCAGAAAUCACCAAUCAGUAAAUAAUCAGUGAUAAUAGAAAAAAAAGCAUGUAAGUUUUAGAGCCAGAAAACCAGUUGUUCGUGUCUAGUCAAACCAAAAUGUCAACAACGCCACCAUCUAAAUCGUCCUGUAUAUUCUGUAACAUCGCUAACAAACUAGAGGGCACGGAAAUAUUGUAUGAAGACGAUGAAGUGUGCGUUUUUCGUGACAUCAAACCGGCCAGUCGUUUUCAUAUUCUGACUAUACCUAAAAGGCAUAUCGAAGAUGUCAAGAGCUUGACGAGCGCCGACAAGGAACUACUUAACAGAAUGAUGUCCAUAUCGAGAGAGUUGCUGUCUAAAAACAAUUUGAGUAUUGAAGAUGCACGCUUUGGGUAUCACUGGCCACCGUUUCGUUCAGUCAAACAUUUGCAUCUGCAUACUAUAGCGCCUGAAUCCGAGAUGGGAUUCAUUGGAAGAGUGAUAUUCAAAAAAAACUCUUAUUGGUUUGUUUCGCCGGAAUAUGUCGCCUCUAUUUUAAUGUGAAGUGUAAUUGGAGUCUAAAUAAAUUAUUUUACCUAAAUUCAACGAGACAGACAUAAUUUUGAUGGUGUCAGUUUAAGGUUUGAAGCCCAAAGCAUAAUAUUAUGAUGUAUCGUAAAAGAAAACGCGUAUAAAGGCGCCUCUCCACAAUUAAAUGCGAUCUAUCUAUCCACUCCAUGACAUACGUGACUACAUGUCAGUAGCGUAAGACUUGAGUCGGAGGAACAUCUAAUUACGUAUAUUUAUUAUUGUUUUUAAUUAGACCAAAAUACAUAUAUUAUUGACUAAAA